AUGGACUAUAACGACACUUCGAAUAUCACGGAGACCUACAAGCCGUACUAUGAACGCCCUGAGACAUACAUCGUGCCGCUACUAUUUGCGCUUAUAUUUAUAAUAGGCGUUGUGGGAAAUGGGACCCUUGUUACUGUCUUUGUACGACAUAAAGCGAUGCGUAAUGUGCCUAAUACGUACAUCCUUUCACUGGCUCUGGCGGAUCUCUUGGUGAUCAUAACGUGCGUUCCAUUCACGUCCAUUGUAUACACGGUAGAAUCUUGGCCGUGGGGUGUCACGGUCUGUAGAGUGUCAGAGGCAGCUAAGGAUGUCAGUAUAGGAGUGUCAGUCUUCACCCUCACCGCACUCUCCGCUGAUCGCUACUUCGCAAUCGUAGAUCCACUGAGAAAGCUUCAUGCGACUGGUGGUAGUAAGAGGGCUACGCGUUUGACAGUUGCCACAGCUGUUGGGAUAUGGGUAUUGGCAGCAGCACUCGCCGCGCCAGCUUACUUUGGUUCCUAUCUGCGAGCUUUCGUUGUUAAUCCUACAACCCAGUUUUUGGUAUGCUACCCAUAUCCUCAAGAGUGGGGGGAGUCAUAUGCUCGCACGAUGGUCCUCAUAAGAUUCCUAGUAUACUACUCUGUACCUCUUGCUGUGAUUGCACUGUUCUAUGUUCUCAUGGCGCGUCACCUCGUGCUAAGCACUCAAAAUGUGCCUGGAGAAAUGCAAGGAACCCAGAGACAGAUGCGGGCGAGAAGAAAAGUAGCACUAACGGUAUUGGCCUUUGUGCUCGUUUUCGCGGUCUGUUUUUUACCAUCGCACGUUUUCCUUAUGUGGUUCUAUUAUUGUCCAACAGCACAAGACGACUACAACAUGUGGUGGCACAGCUUGCGUAUCGUCGGCUUUUGUUUUUCUUUUCUCAACAGUUGCGUGAAUCCUAUCGCUUUAUAUUGUACCAGUGGUAUCUGUUGUGUCGCAACAGCCCAGUCCAUGGACAAAGAGGCUCUCUUUCCUUGUCGACAUCUAGACGGUUACAUUCAAGCAGGAAGACGAAUAUUAGUAUGGUACCGCGGACACCGGCGUUCGCGUCUCGCGAACAACAACGAGCGCACCAAAGAGAACUACAGCAAAUGUCUGGUGUUCAAACCUGAUAAUGUACCGCCCUUCCCAAAGUGUUGCGAGACUGAUGUGAAAGAAACUAAUCUAGACUCUAAAGAUAUUAGUACCGAGAGCUUUUUAUUGCCGAUCGAAGGCUUCGGACGUGGUUAG